GGUUCCUGGUGGAGGCGCCACAAGCGAGCCUUCUGGCAGCACUUCCAUCCAGCGUCCAUCGAGAGGUACAUUUCUGUUCAAAAGAAAUAUACCCGCAUGUUUCUGCGCAAGUUAUUGGUGGAGCCGUCUCGGCUGCGCGAGCACAUACGCCACACGUUCUCUGCCACCGUUGUCAAAAUCCUCUACGGCGUCGAUGUCGCAGAUAGAGAUGACAGAUACAUUGCUCUAAUAGAGAAGGUCCUAUCCGUGGUCGUUGCUUUCACACCGGGAAAGUACCUCGUCGAUGUCUUCCCAAUACUUCAAUACGUACCCAAGUGGAUCCCAGGAGCGGGGUUUCAACAGGACUUCGAAACCUGGCGUACGGCAGCCCUAGAGGUCAAGACAAUGUUGUUUCGUGAGGCUACGGAACGGGUGAGUUACGCUGAGGAUGCAGGUCGGUCCGUUAUCGCCCAACUUGCCGAAAGGGUAGACGACGAGACCAGGGAGGCGGCCUUCGAAGAGUACGAGAUCAUCAAGAAUGUCGGUCUUACUGCGUUCGAAGGCGGAGCUGACACGACAUUCUCCACAUUACAAUCAUUUUUCGUCGCAAUGUCUCUGUUCCCUGAGGUGCAGCGCAAAGCUCAGGCGGAGAUUGACUUCGUUGUGGGACCCAACCGGCUUCCGGAUUAUGGCGAUAGGGAUGCGCUUCCGUACGUCAACGCUCUCGUGAAGGAGGCGCUACGAUGGCAGCCCGUGUUGCCUUUCAGUCUUCCUCACUCGACCACGGAAGACAUGGAGUAUUCGGGAUACUUCAUCCCCAAGGGAACUAUCCUCAUGCCUAGUAGCUGGGCCUGUCUGCACGACCCCGAAGUCUAUCCGGAACCCGGACGUUUCAUUCCAGAUCGUUUCAUGCGUGAUGGCCAACUAGAUCCAGACGUUCGGGACCCCGCACGUUUUGCAUUUGGAUAUGGAAGAAGCAUCUGCCCUGGACAGUACUUCGCAGAAACGUCGCUGUUCCUCACCAUUGCAAUGGUACUGCACGUGUUCGACAUCGCCCCUCCACUCGACGACACAGGAAAAUUUAUUGUGAUUGAGCCCAAGAUGACUAACACGAUCCUUUUGUUAGUAGUCUCCUCAGCCGCCUCCCGUUCCCGCCCAACAACUGAACUCCGCCAAUACGUAGGCAUCCUGUCGAUGUGCGCUGCAGAAUCAUCCCGCGUUCGAAUAGAGCCAAGGAGCUGA